AUGGAAAUAAAAGUUUCUUACAAGAAGCAAUCGGGAAAUUUAAAUUUAUUAGAUGAUAGAUUAGAGUUUAGUAGUCAGAAUAGCUUCAAUUUGAACUAUAGUAGAUUACUUACAUUGUUUGCUAGUAAACAAGGAUCAACGCCAGUCAGGCUCAAAUUAGAUCUUUCAGACCCACAACAGUCUAUCACUUUUACUUUUAUACAUCCCACUCAUGCCUUAUCACAAAGGGAACACGUUAAGGAUAGACUAUCGAACGCUAUAGCAAGCAAUAGGGCUAGUUCAUCAAGGCAGGUUGAAUCUCAGCUUACUUCCACCACACCUACGACACGUUCUUCUACACCUGGUUUGGGAUUAUCUAAGGACGAUUUAGAAAUACGCAAAAAAGUACUUAUUAAAGAUCCACAGUUGGCGAAAUUACAUAAAGAUUUAGUUAUCGCAGGUAUAAUUGAUGAGAAUGAGUUCUGGCAGGGUAGACAGCAGCUAUUGCUGCUUGAACAUCUAUCACAAUCACAGAAACCAGGUAAAUCUUCGACAUUGGUAGAUCCACGACCAACAUCAUCACAACCUGGUGAAUUCACAAUUACAAUUACACCACAAUUGGUCCAUGAUAUCUUUCAAGAAUACCCCGUAGUACAAAAAGCAUACGUUGAGAACGUACCAAAUCCAUUGAACGAUAAUGAUUUCUGGAUUCGUUACUUUCAUUCACAUCUUUUUGCUAGACAUAGAGCUAGUUCAAGACAAGACGCGAAUGAAGCGCGUAAUGACCCAAUUUUUGAUCAAUAUUUAGAAGAAGCAGAUGAUGGAGUUGAACCAAAGCAUAAGCAGAGAGGUGUAUAUGAUAAAUUAAUAGAUCUCGGUAGCACACAAGAGGAUCACAAAGAGACUGGUAAUGCUUUGGAUAUUACAAUGCAAGCGGGUAAAGUUAAAGCUGCUUUACCACUCAUGAGAAGAUUUAACGAGCAUUCCAUGAGGUUGUUAAGUACGACUGUUGGUGAUGAAGAGGGUGCUCAUGAUAAUGAUUAUAAUAAUCAAAUCACUAUUGAUGAUCUUCAAGAACACCAAUUACCUCAACCUAUACGACUCAAUAUGCAAAACAGUGAACAAUAUUACACCUCUAAUAUAGUGACGACAGGCGAUUACCAGCAAUCUUCACAAUUGGAUAGCAAAACAAUCUGGGAUGAUAUAAAGAACAACCUCGACGAAUGGGAUGUUGUCAUCACAUUGGAAGACAUCAAAGACACAAAAGACGCCCAAACGGAAGUUGAGAAGAUUUUAUCUGCUAAUGCAGAAAUUGCAUACAAUGACAUAAACUCUAAUGAAAUAUCAAAUAGUGAUAUAAUGAAAGCAGCUAUAAAUUGUCAUACAGCUGCAACAGAAUUUUUGAGAUUAUAUUGGACAACAGUAUUGAGUUAUCCGAUUGACAUCCCAAAAGUAAACAAAAUGAUAGAUUAUAUAAACAAAACACCGCAGAAAGUCGACGCGAUUGUCAGAUCUGCGUCUGCUAUGAAUCAAGGAGACUUGAUCAGACAGGCGUUGCAACCUGUAAUGAAUGGUGUAACGAAAGUGAAAGAAUAUGAACGUAAUAGAGCUAAUUAAU